ACUCUCAGACGAGCCACAAUGAAGCGCUGAGAGACAGAGUUCUCUUCCACAGUAGCCGGUUGAAAUCAAUAAAAACGCGAGAGUGUUUCUGGAGGAUGUAAAAUUCUGUUUUCUCACACACAAUAAAAUGUGAUUCUUCAGCGAUGCAGCGCAUCUAAAUUGCCACCAUGAUCGUCUCGCUGAAAGAUAUCGAUCGCCAAGGUUGGAUUUGAUUGCGCCGAGGAGGCAGAACGACGUCAAGUAAAUUGAUGAGACGCGCGGCUUUCAGAACAUAUUAACUUCCAUAUCUCGGAGAAUCACAGCAUAUCGCAAGAGGAGGACUUUGGAGAGUGGGUGGAAGCGGCAUGCAACGCUGUCCGUAUAUUCAUGAGAUGCGAGAACGCCUUCUGCCGCCCCAACAGCCCUCGCCGCCGCUCCAUCAGCCUCUGCAGUUUCGCCACCACACGCCCCACCAGCAUCCGCCCACGCCGCGCCCCGCCGAGCAGCCCAUGGAGCAGGAGCGCGAAGGACUCCUCCUGGACAGCCGCCCCGCGGACGGCAAUCAGGUCGGAACGGUGGUCAAGCUAAAUCCCGAUGGAUAUGGCUCACACACGAGCCCAACUCACCAGCGCACUCCCCUCGUGCCCAGGGACUUGGGGGAGGACUUCAGUCUGGACUUCGACGAGGAGCCGCUGGAUCCGCGGAAACCAAAAAAUGCCAACACAUUUACUAAAGAUAUUGGAUAUUACAUUCGAAGCCAAAAAAGGACUUCCCUCUUCAUAGUGACCAGCCUGGUCUAUGCCAUGCUCCUUGUGGUGGUGUGCGUCGCCUACGUCAUCAGCGACGUGAGCACUCACCGCAUCCCCGUGAUGUACUACGAGGGAUUCUUCACGUAUCUCUACGGCGCGAGCAUCCUCUUUCUGCUCUACGUCUUCUGCUUCCUGCUGCAAGAGAGCACUUGCUGUGCUGGUGGCGAGAAGCAGCCGAAGCCGGUGAAGGAGAAGAAGCCGAAGAAGGAGAAGAAGCCAAAGAAGGGGGACCCGCCAGAGGGAAAGGAUGCCAAGGGUGCAAAGGACAAGGACAAGGACGCCGCCAAGGGCGGCAAACCCAGUCCAUUCCAGACUAUCAAAUUCAAUUUUCAGGACACCACAGUCGAAGCGGAAAAGGCACCAACCCCGAAGAAUGUGCGCAAGAGGAAGACCACCCAGAACAACACCACCCACGGAAGUUUCUUCCUCCGCGUCGGUGCAAUUGCCUUCGGAUUGGGCACAAUGAUUUACACUGGCUUGGAAUUUGGCUCAUUCUUUGAGAUUCCCUUCGAUUCGCCGUGCCAUCAAAUUUUACGCGGUGUUAAUCCUCUUCUGCAGAUGAUCUUCACAUUCAUGCAGAUGUAUUUCAUCUUUAUGAACGCGAGAUUGAACAUCCAUCGCUUCAAAGUGUUGGCUCGCUUUGGACUGAUGCACAUUGUCGCUACGAAUGUUUGCGUGUGGAUUCGGACCCUAGUCUUGGAGUCUCUCAAAGAGAUCACUUUAUACCAUCAGAAUCGCAAGCCAUCACCUGAAGAUGGCGCUAUUCUAGAUUCCAUCCGACGACACACUCUGAAGAACGCAGGGACUGUCAUGGGAACCCACCUGGAACCGGACUUCGAAUGGGAGCCGCUGCACUCCAACAUGAACGUCCAGGAGGCUUCGUCAGCCGAGUCUCCAGCAAACAUCCUCUCUCGCAUCGUGAAGAGCACCGCUCAAGGAGUGACUGAAGGUCUCGCUGAGGAUCUGGACAACCCAACAACCUCAACGACCACCACAUCGGCACCAGUGACCACCUUUGCCCACACCACAACGACCUUCUUGCGCAAACUGAAGCGUGCCACUUCGGCUCCGACCUCAACUGAGACUGAAACAACAACAACCGCUCCCCCAACGACUUCCACUUCGACUCUGGCCUCGAUCUUCGCUCUGUUCUCGACAUCCUCCACCACAACUCCGACUCCAGCUCCGGCAACGACUUCCACAACCACUGAGUCCUUCUUCAACAACUUGUUCGGCUUCGACCAACACUCGUAUCAGACUUACUCGGGACUGGCUCACAAUACUAGCAACUCCUUGGACCAGACCUUCGAGAGCCUAGACUCGCUGUUCCCGUCCGCUUUCACUGCGUUCCUGCCUGUCAACACCUCCAACUCAACCAAUGCGACAAACUGCGGACGCGUCAAUAUCAUGGGGACCAUUGUCCAGGACUCAGCUCCGUAUCUCUAUCCCUUCAUCAUUGAGUACUGUCUGAUCGGAGCAGUGGUGAUUUACGUGAUGUGGCGCCAGAUUGGACGAUAUCCUAAGUUCGCAACUGAAGAGGAUCUGGAACACCGUUUAGAAGUGAUGCUCUCACGUCGUGCUGUAGCCAUGGCUCAGGCUUCCUCUGGACGAGUUGACUGCGUUGGAGCUUCCAAGGGAUUGUUCUUCGGUCUGCUGCUCCUCGUCGGCUCUCUGAUUUGCCUGAUUCUGUUCUUCGUGCUCGUUCGUCAUCCGCAACUCUCUCUUCUGGCCAUCUACCUUGCUGACGUUUCUCACAGUGCUCUCAUGGCUUUCUCCGUCAUCGCAAUACUGAUCGGAUUCUGCCGAGUUCAACACUUGAAGUUCCGAUGCGAGGACCAGAGCAAUCUGAAUGACAUUCUGCUGCGCAUCUCUGCCUUUGGCUUGUUCACUUAUUCGGUCUUCAGUGUGAUUUCCGGUGCUCUGAACUUCUUGGAGAGUGAACCAAAUCUACUGGUCUGCGUUACUGGAGCUCUGGCUGUUCUACAGGUUAUUUUCCAACUUCUCUUCAUCGCUGAUGUGUCCAGACGUCGAGUCCAUCUGCCUGAGCACGAUAGAAGCAAACCAGGUCGUCAAAUUGUCACAUUCUUGCUCAUCUGCAAUAUCUCCAUGUUUGCCAUCUACACUUUCGAGGCGCAGAAAGUCUUUGCAAAUCCGGUUCAAUUGGACUUCUAUGGCUUCAUCGCCUGGUCUCUGAUUCAGCGUGUUACACUUCCACUGUGCAUAUUCCAUCGAUUUCACAGCGCCGUCACUCUGGCCGAAGUGUGGAAGACCACAUACAAACCGCGCUUGGAAUAAGAGCCCGACAACUCUGACUCAAUUUCUCAGAAUUAGCAUUUUGAGCUGAAGAGAAGUAGAUUGUGGUUACUCUCCAAUGGACUCCAUUUAAUUUCCUUAGACAGGAUUUCUCUCACGUCCAGAAUGGCAGUAAUGAAGCAUAAUAAUGAGAAUAGAGUAGAAUGAAAAGAAAAAAAAACAUUUAAUCAAAUCACAAUUAAUCAAAGGGUGAGCAGAACAGAUGCAGGAUUCCUUGUGGGUUGGCUAGGAUGCAUAACUAACACGAUAAUGGUCCGAUUAGAAGAAAUUUUGACGAAAAGUGAAUAGAACCAGAUUAAGUAUAGAAGAUGUCUGAAUAUUUCUCUAAAGAUGGAGGAGAAAACGUCGUACAUUACUAAAAAAAAAAAAUUAAUUCUUGUUCCGAAUCUGUGUCUAGGUGUUAGGAUAAUGAAAAUGAAUCAUAAACUUAUACAACACUUAGAACAUUAACCAUUUCUCACGAAGGCGGACAAAGACUCCUUCUGAACCAUUAUUCAUUUCGACAGAGCCUCCAAAAGGGGGUUUAUCUUCAUGUCUCUGGCAUUAGUGAUUUUCGAGACGCACAUAUUUUGACGUUAUGAGAAGCGAGUUUCACCAGAAUUGCGCAGAAAUCUUCCAGGUUUUGAUAUUCUUGUAAAAGGAUUGGCAUGAUGGUGCUAAACUUAUUCAAAAAAAAUUUGUUUUACUUCAUUUAAAAACAAGUUUAAAGAAAAAAAGGAAACUUCACCAAUACAAAAAAAAAUUGACUAUUAAAGUUUUGACUUCGAUUUUAUCCAAAGAUGAGAAAUUUGUUAAUACUCAAUUGGUGAAAAGUACUUACAAAGACAAGUAUCAAUAUUGAAAAAAUGUGUACUUUGAAUUCGCUUCAUACUGGGACUGCAUUUUUGUACUCGUCUACUUUUUAUAUUAGGAAGUAUGAGAAUAUUGAGAAAACAUGUUUUUAUAUAGAAAUUUCGAUGAGAAAAUUUUCACAGUUGAUAGUAAAAGAAAGAAUAAUAAAAAAAAUUAUUGACAAGAAAUUUUAUUGUGUAUAACAGAAAAUGAGAAAAAAAUUACAUAAAACAUAACUACUGUUCUUUGACGAAAAGAGGUAUAAAGCAACAUUAGAAGAUUCACAGUGAAAAUUGUGGACAGAAGAGAGUAAAAGUUAAGGAAAACAAAAUAACUAAAUAGAAAAUAAUGAAAAAAAAAAUAUUAUCGUCAGAUAUUCCCAAAUAAUUAUACUAAAGGAUGAAAAAAAAAAUUGUAAGCGCAUAUUGUAUCGGUUUUAUCUUGAGCGUUGAACAUUAUAUAGAAAUGAUGCAGACGGUUUUUCACACAACAUCUUUCUUAUCCUUUUUCGCAAAUUUUCGAUGAUGACAUUUUCUAGGCGGAACACAGAACAAUUGCAUACAUAGAUGUAGACAUUGCUCAUGUCGUUUUGGAGAAUAGUUGCGAAAAUAAUGGUAAUGAGAAAACCCACCAAGAAUCCUUUUUGCAAGAGGUUUUCACACUCUCUUGAGGAUGUAUUUAACAUUUUUUGAGAAUUUGCACCAAUGAGGACCAGUUACAUUCAUUAGACAGAAAGAUUAUGAUGAAAUGAAUAACCAUGAAAAUCAUUUAGCGAAGAAGAAUCUCAUGCAUCGAUUUACGAUAGAUUUUACGAAACAAUUUUGAUGACAGUGAAGGAAAGACUAGAAAGGACACAAGAACACACUUUAAUGUCUUGUCUAAAGUCUAAAGAUAGAAGCAAAUGAAGAGACUUUUACUGAGGACACAUUUUUCUACCCAAUGAGGUGUAAUGGAACAAUUCUUUAUAGCGUCCAAAGGGCGCGAGAAAAACACUUCUGGAAAAAAUCUUUAUAUCUUGAAUGUAUCAAUCUUCAUGAAUUGUAAUUUUUUCCAGAGUUGACAAAUUCACAGCAGAGAAGAUUUAUGGAUAUUUUUCAUGAUGUGAAAACAUAUUGAUAUUGAGGCGUUUUUUGUAUUAACCCAAAAUUACUAGUGAUUUAUUUGUCUAAUAUUUGUCCUUUUUUUCAUGUAAAUAGGAAUCUAUUGAUAAAGUGAAUCUUUAUCCAAAAAAAAUGGGGGAAAUCCAAUCUGUCCAAAAAGGAGGCACUUUAUCCACACAUUUCACCCAAUUCUUCCCAUGUUCGGACUCUAUUUUCUCUCCGAGAGAUUUUUAUCGUGUAAGAUAGGUUUGCACUAAAAGUUUGUGUGAUACAGUUUUAUGUCUCUUUACACUCUGAUCCAUCUUAUUAAGCAACUUGUAAUUCUUAUCAAAAAAUCAAGUGAAUUAAAUUCCCUCUGAAUGGUUGCGAAAAUUGAGUAACUUUCCAAACAUGUGUUAAUUUCUUUGUGUAGUUUUUUUUUUUAGACAAAAACACAUCUUGUGAAUUAAGGAAACACUGCCAUUUUUUCAAUUGACGACAAUUGAACAAUACUAAAAGUCUGUGAGCACACAGAGUCACAGAUGAGAGCUCAAGUUUAAUUCUUACGUAUUUCCAUCCCUCCUCGUAAUCUCAAAAAAAAUAGAUUUACUUUCAGAAGUGACACAGAGAAUCACAGUAAUAAGAAAAAGAAACAUUGAAGAAGCAAUUAGAGGCAGACAGAGCGAUAGAAAUUGGCAUGAGCAAUUCAUAAUCAAUUGUUAUUUAAAACUUAGAGAUUAGUUGAUCAGAGAGUUGACAAGAAAUGUGAAAAGUAACCAAUAAUAAUUUAUUUAUACUUGUAUUUAUUUCUGAUCGAUGAACGAGUGAGAUAAUUUGCAAUGCUGCAUUUUUGUGUAAAUUUUCCGCCCUUUCUUCUCCCCUAAAAAUUGCAAUGAUAAUUUGCAUUGGCACUUUGCUGGGAGAAUUCCUUUGAUUAUCAACUCAAUUUUUUGUGUAAUCUUGUAUGAAGAUGGAGAAAAUUUACCACAAAGCAGUGUAUUAUAUUCAAAGGUAUGAGUUACGAUUGAAGGCAAGCUGAGGACAUGCGAAGGAAAUAUCAGAGGAAAAUUGUAAGGAGUGAGGAUUUGUGACACUCUCUAGUAGCGGUAUAAUUUAUUGUACAAAAGAAGAUAAACAAGAAACAACAAAGAUGUACUUAAAAGAUAUGAUAACAUACAUAUGCUAAAUUACGUUAACGAUA